AUGGCCGCCACCACUUCAGGUGCUCUGACCUGCUCAGCCAACUUCUCAGUAGAAAUUGACCGUGAGUUCAGCCGUUUCCAGGCAGCCUUUCUGUGCCCCAUGCUGGUAGUUGAGUUCCUGGUGGCUGUGGCCAGCAACGGCCUGGCCUUCUACCGCUUUGUGACGCGGGAGCAGCGCCCGUGGCACCCCGCCGUGGUCUUCUCAGCCCAGCUGGCCAUCAGCGACCUGCUCUAUGCCCUGACGCUGCUCCCGCUGGCCGCCUACUUCUACCCGCCCAAGAACUGGCAGUACGGGGAGUUCGCGUGCCGCCUGGAGCGCUUCCUCUUCACCUGCAACCUGCUGGGCAGCGUCAUCUUCGUCACCUGCAUCAGCCUAAACCGCUACCUGGGCAUCGUCCACCCCUUCUUCACCCGCAGCAGCUGGCGGCCCAAGCACGCCUGGGCCGUCAGUGCCGCUGGCUGGGCACUGGCAGCCCUGUUGGCUGCACCCACGCUCAGCUUCUCGCACCUGAAAAGGCCACAGAGGGAAGGCAGCUGUGUCACAGAGAGGCCUGAGGCCUGCACCAAGUGCCUGGGGAUGGCAGAUGACCUCCGCCUCGAGGCCUACAGAGCCUACACCUUGGUGCUGGCGGUCCUGGGCUGCGGCGUGCCGCUGCUGCUCACCCUGACAGCCUACAGUGCCCUCGGAUGGGCCGUGCUGCGCAGCCACGGCAUGACUGCUGCCGAGAAGCUGCGUGUGGCAGCGCUGGUGGCCAGCAGCCUGGCCCUCUAUGCCAGUUCCUAUGUGCCCUACUACAUCACACAGGUGCUCAACGUGCAAGCUCGGCAGCGAUGGAGGGCCCGCUGCCCAGGCUUUGCCAGCUUGAAUGAGGCCAAGGCAGCAGUGGAUCAAAUGACCUAUAGGACCCACCAGAUAAUGCGGGGCCUCAUGCCUCUGGCCAUCUGCAUCCACCCACUGCUUUAUAUGGCUGUGGCACCCAGCCUGGGGUGCUGCCACCAGAGCUGCUGCAGCUGCAGCAAUAGCCAAAUGCCAGAGGACACGGGGAACUCUGGCCAAGUCCUGCCCCUCAAUGUUACAGCAACCCCCCCAAAACGUGGAGCCCUAGUCCCCUGAGCUAAGCCCAUGACCUGGCUUAUUUUGAGCCACUUCCUCACCACAAGGCAUUGAGACCAGCAGCAGAAUGGGGGCCAAGAGCACAAGAGGCUCCUGGCCCUGAGCCACUAACAAGCCCUGAACUGCCAAAGGCCCCAAACCACCACUUCUUCCCCUACACAAAGACCUGUUCGGGGACCAGCAAGUGCCAGGCCACAGUGGCAGGAACUUCUGCCUACAGCACUGAUCCUAAAGAGGGCUGGCCCCUCUAGCCAAAGAGUGGGUGACAUCUGUGAAUAAACGAGACAACAUAUGACA